AUGGCCUUGUCUCACCCUCACAACAACCUGGGAAUGGGCUUCAAUAAGUACACGUCCCUCAAAGCUCUGGAUACAACUACAAGAGAUUACUACAAAAGUUAUCCAAUGCUAGAGUAUGGUCAUCGCCAGUCCCCACCAACAUUUCAGCCAGUCAACUUCCACCCCAAGGACAAGCCCUUCCUACCACCCCCUGACAUCCAUGUACCUCUUGCCAUCACCAUCAAUGCCUCGCAGAUCCCCAAGCCCAAGAUUGCCAAGACCAACACCCAUCCGCUCACCACUAGCUCUGCAUUCAAAGCCUGGGACCCCAGCAAGAGUCAUAUCCAGCACAGCCACAUGGGCCUGCAGGGCCCUCUGCACCACCCCCUGCCUCCACAGCACCAGGUCCUGCACCCACAGAACAGACGUCACAUUUACUCCAACAAGAGGCAGUUUAGCAUCGAGACCCUCCCAGAGCUCUUCUCACAGCCGCUGGGCUAUGGUCAUUCUCCACUCAUGCACCCCAAGCACAAAGGACUGCCCACCAACAGCAAGACGGAGGUCACUGUGUAA